AUGACGCAGGCCUUUAGACAUGAUCAUGAUGGCGUCCGGCCUACUUGUCUGUGGGUCUUCACUCUCGAUAUUGCUGAUCUCGGCUUUAUCUCCGCCACGAGUACAAAGAUGGAAAGAGACACACUUGCAAACAAACACACCUAUCUGACCGCACAUAUCGUUUCUGAGGUGAAAGCUAUCUUGCAGUUUGGCCACACAUGCUCACUUCAAAGCCCAAGUCCCGCCAGAGAGCAAGUGUUGAUUCACAAUGCUUGUCCUGACGCUGCCGAGGCCGCUAUCCGAAGUCACGAAGGAGGUAUGCACUUUCUGCAGAGAGAACCACUUUAUUAA